AUUGGCUAACCUUUUAUUUGACGUCGUCAAAUGUGACUUCUGACAUAUCGUGUUCUAAUAGCGCCCUCUAUAUUUUUCCUUUUUUAGUGAAAACUUCUAUUAGAAGAAUUGUAAAACAUGGCUCCUAGGAAAGGAAAAGCCCCAAAAGAAGAAGUCCAGCUAUCUCUUGGACCUCAAGUUCGCGAAGGAGAAAUAGUUUUUGGUGUAGCACACAUUUUUGCCAGUUUCAAUGAUACAUUUGUUCAUGUUACUGAUUUAUCAGGCAGAGAAACUAUUUCCAGAGUAACUGGAGGUAUGAAAGUUAAAGCCGACAGAGACGAAGCCUCUCCUUAUGCCGCUAUGUUAGCUGCCCAGGAUGUAGCUGAAAAAUGCAAAACCUUAGGAAUCACAGCACUCCACAUUAAAUUGCGUGCCACAGGUGGCAACAAAACAAAAACUCCCGGACCCGGUGCCCAGAGCGCCUUGAGAGCCCUUGCACGUUCCAACAUGAAAAUUGGCAGAAUCGAAGAUGUUACCCCCAUUCCAUCAGACUCCACCCGUAGGAAGGGAGGGCGCCGUGGUCGUAGGUUGUAGG